CGCUCAAAAAAAAGAAAAGGUAAAAAACAAAAACCCUAACCCUCACCGAGCUCUUUGCUCCACUACCCUAUGACGGCUACCGUCCUCCGCCGCUCCCGCGGCCUCCUCCCCAAGUCGCUCUCGCAGGCCGCCGCCCCCGUCCUCCGCGCCAUCUCCACCUUCCCCUUCCUCUUCCAGGUGCCCAAGCCGCAGGAGGCGCCGGCUCCCCCCGACGCCGCACCCAUGCCCCCCAACCCCUCCACGGGGAGCCCGCUCUACCAGGAGAACUGGCGCAUCCAAAACAGCAGCGCCGGGGGUGGUUUCCUCCUCGGUGGUCAGGCGCUCGUACCAGUGGGGUCCUCCUCCCGGAUAAUGGUUUACUCCCAGACUCUCGAUCUCUCCGGCCUGAUGGACAUGUUCGCCGAAUGGAUGACGUCGCAAAGCUGGUCCGAUAUCAAGCAGCUUUUCGAGUUCUGGAUCCGUUCGCUGGAUGCCAGUGGGAAGCCCAAUAAGCCCGACGUCCAUCUGUUCAAUCACUAUCUCAGGGCUAAUCUGAUGAUGGGAGCGUCAGCAGGUGAGCUGUUGGAUUUGGUCGCCCAAAUGCAGGAUUACCAAAUUGCGCCCAACACGGCAUCGUAUAACCUGGUCCUCAAAGCUAUGUUUCAAGCGCGGGAGAAUGAGGCCUCAGAGAAGUUGAUCGACCGGAUGUUGCAUACAGGCACUAUGCCAGAUGAUGAAUCAUACAAUUUAGUCAUUGGCCUUUUGAUUUUAACAAAUCAGAUAGAUUCUGCCAUGAAGUAUAUGGAUUUAAAUAUAAAGUCUGGUUACAUGAUAUCACCAAGUGUCUUUAUGGAUUGUGUUCGGAGUUGUGUUAAUUCUGGGAAGCUAGACACCCUAGCAUCCAUUAUCGAGAGAUGCAAGACAACAGACCAAAACAAAGCCUUAUGUCCAAGCUGGUACUUGUGUAACUAUAUUGCAGAUGUAGCUUUGCAAGCAGAUCAUAGCAAAUUGGCAUAUUUCUCCUUGGAGUUUCUGGCUCGAUGGAUUGCUCGUGGUGAGAUUGCUAGACCACCAGUUCUUCUUUCUGCUGAGGAAGGUUUAGCCAUCUCAGCAUUUGCCACUGCUGGAAGAACAUUCAACUCUACACUUUUAGAUGCUGCCUGGUCAAUUCUGCGACGUUCAUUGCGUCAAAAGAGAGCCCCAAGUCCUGAGGCAUACAUUGCAAAGAUAUAUGCACAUGCAUCAUUGGAGCAGCUACAACGUGCCUUUGCCACCCUCAAUGAAUUUGAAUCUGCGCAUGGAAAAUCUGAAGACAUUGAUCAGGAGCUUUUUUCUCCUUUUGCAUCUUUGUAUCCUUUGGUUGUUGCUUGCUGCAAGAAUGGCUUCUCAACUUUGGAUUCGGUGUAUGUUCAGCUGGAGAAUUUGAGUGAAGCAGAUCCCCCUUUCAAGUCUGUUGCGGCUCUGAACUGUGUGAUCUUGGGUUGUGCAAACAUAUGGGACCUUGAUCGAGCAUAUGAGACAUUUGAAGCCAUCAGCAACAAGAUGGGAUUGACACCUAAUAUUCAUUCUUAUAAUGCUUUAAUGUCUGCUUUUGGAAAGCUCAAAAAGACUGAUGAAGCUUGCAAAAUCUUUAAGCACUUGGUGAGCUUGGAUGUGAUACCAAAUGCAAUGACGUACUCAUUACUUGUCGACGCUCACCUUGUCAAUCGGGAUCCAAAAGCUGCUCUCUCAGUCAUCGAUGAGAUGAUCAAGGCUGGUUUUACUCCUUCAAAGGAAUCGCUAAAGAAGCUCCGAAGACGCUGUUCCCGCGAAAUAGAUUUUGAUAGUGAUGAAAAGGUGCAAUCCCUUGCCCAAAUGUUCAACUAUAGGCUGGGACCGGAGACACGCAGAGAGAUUCUCUAUAAUAUUAAAUACAGCACUGACUAUCUGUAGGAGGCAUCUCUACUCUUCCAAAUCUCCACUCAGGAUAUUUGUUACCCGGAGUUGUCAAGGAAAAUAAUUAGUUUAAUGUAUUUUCCAUCCUUUACUCCGCCUGACGAUUGCAACUGCAGCAUGCACAUCUAAAUUGUGGUUGGAUACAUCAGGCUGCUGGGUCUGCUUCCGUGCAAGAAGAAUUCAAUUGCAGCAGCAUGUACUUUUCUUACUUGUAAUCACGGAUCACCAGGUCCAUUGUUUCUCUUGAUUUGUUUGUGUUGCAACCUUAGCCAUUUCUAGGUCUUCCUUUUGCAAGCGUAUGUGAUUUGCAAAUAAAAUUUUGGUUCGGAGAAGAUCCAAAUUGUCGAUUAAUUUAUUAACUCUCA